UCUUAUAGAAAUUGAUGAUCAUGGCCCAGAAAUAUCAUGUGGUAAUGUUGCCAUGGGUGGCAUUUGGGCACAUGAUACCAUUCCUAGAGCUUUCCAAGAGCUUAGCAAUGAAGGGCAUCACCAUUUCCUACAUUUCCACCCCAAGAAACAUUCAAAGAUUGCCACCCAUUCCUCCAAAUCUAACGGCCAUGAUCAAUCUAGUGAAGAUCCCGUUGGCCCCGAUCGACGGCUUGCCCGAAAUGGUGGACGCUACCAUCGACGUGCCACUACAAAUGGUCCAAUACCUAAAGAAGGCCUAUGAUGCAUUGCGAUCGCCGUUCGAAUGCCUGGUGGCCAACCUCUUGCCUGAUCUGAUAGUGUAUGAUUUCGCGUCAUGGUGGGCGGCUGAGAUCGCAGCUAAAUAUGAGGUGCGGUCUGCCUUCUUUAGUGUGUUUUCAGCUGCUUCACUUGCAUUCUUGGGCCCACCGUUGGAGCUAAAGUACGGUCACAAGCGGACCAAGCCAGAAGACCUGAUGGUGGUACCCGAAUGGGUCCCGUUCACUUCGACUGUGGCCCACCGACCUGAUCAGGCCAGAUCCGUCUUCAAGAAUUUGAAAUUUCCCGACGGUUCAGGAUCGUCGAGUGGCCAACGGUUUGCGUUGGCCUUUGAAGGUUGUGACAUUGUGAUUAUAAGAAGCUGUAGAGAAUUUGAAGGAGAGUACAUAAAUCUACUCAAAGAUCUCCACCAAAAGCCAGUCAUCCCCGUUGGCCUACUCCCUCCAUCACCAUCAAAUCCAUUGAUCGGAAUGGAUUCGACAAUGUGGUCCACUACAUUUGAGUGGCUCAAUCAGCAACAAUCGAAUUCGACGGUGUUCGUUGGAUUCGGCAGCGAGUACAAAAUGACUAGUGAACAAGUGCAUGAGCUAGCAUUUGGGCUAGAGCUAUCUAAGAUGCCAUUUCUAUGGGUGCUCAGGAAGCCAGAAGACACAAUUGACGGCUCGGAUCUCUUGCCGAAUGGGUUUGAGGCCCGCACCGCCGGUCGUGGAAUCGUAACCGUUGGAUGGGCCCCACAACUGGAGUUAUUGGCUCAUCGCACCAUUGGAGGGUGCCUGUUUCACUCUGGGUGGGGGUCCAUCGUGGAGUCUCUCCAUUACGGGCAUGCGUUGAUUCUGUUGCCCAUGAUGGCUGAUCAAGGGCUGAAUGCUAGGCUAUUGGUGGACAAAGGGGUGGGCCAUGAGGUGGAAAGGAAUGAAGAUGGAUCGUUCGAUAGGGGUGCGAUUGCAAAGGCCAUGAGGCAUGUGAUGGUGGAUAAAGAGGGAGAGCCACUAAGACAAAAGGCUAGGCAGAUGAGGGACAUUUUUGGCGAUGGGGAGCUUCAUCAGGACUACAUACACCGUUUUCUACUGUAUUUUGAUGAUCUUAAGAGAAUGGGCCACACUCAUUCCCUUCAAAAGGACUAAUCGUGACCAUUGGAUUUAGAACUCUAGAUUUUAAAGGCAGUGUUAUAAGAGCAAUGACCCGGUACCAAUCUUCCUUAACUCAUCUAUGCGUGGCCUAAGUUG